AUUUACUCUGCACCUGCUUGUCUGCGGCUGGCUCCUUGCAGCCAAUCUCUUCAGGCUCAUUGAAAUUCAUGCCUGCGCAUUCUUCUCUGCGUCCUUGACGGUCUCUUUUAUCUGAUACACCUGCCCCAUCGUCGAGUGGCCUCCAUAUUCCCUCGACUGUGUCGUCUUCUAUGGUUUCUCUCCUCCCACUCGGCUCUUCUAUUCUGCUGCUACUGUCUCUCCUUUGUUUCGUACAUCCAUCCCACGCGCUUCCACUCCAGAAUGCCCCUGCUCGACGUGUGACCCGCGCACAUGUGGUCGUGCGACUAGCUGUACCCACAACGACCUGCGCUUCCACCUGCUCUACUCCUCCUGUCACUCGCACGGUAUCAGGGACGGCCACUCAGAACGCGGCUGCAAACGCAAUCACAGUUACGUACGGCACAAUUGCCUCAAGCGCAACUCCCACAGUGACUGCGAGCGAUUUUGGGUCGUGCGGCAGACCUGAAAUUGAAUUUGGGCCCGGAUUCGACGGGAAUGCAGGCAACACUUUUCGGGCGACUGACCAAGCUUCAUAUCCUGCCGCUUCUUCUGCGGAUAUCAACUCCGUUGCAAACUCCAUUUGCAACGCCCUGGCCACUACAUGCGGAGCCGAUAUUGUUGGCCGGACCACCUGCAACAAUGCGCUCACUGCAAUAUCGAGUCAGCCGUCGGACCAGGGGAUUGCUGCUGAUGUUUUCAACGCCAUUUUCGGAGUCGGGACUAACUUCCGGAACAUGGGCUCCAUCAGUGUGUCUGCAACUGCAAGCUCGGCGCCAGCAAUAGUCACUUCAUCGACCCAAAUCGCGACCUCAUCUUCCGCUGUAACCAGUACAAGUGUUGCCGCAGUCACAGUCCCUAGCACUCCCACAACAACUACCGCAAUUCCAACGCAGGUUUUCAAGCCCGCUCCGACUGUUGUUCCAACAACCCCCGCAUCUACCACACCGGUCCCGAUAACAACAGCCGUCGCUACAACUCCGAACACACAACCCGUUACUGUCACUUCCACUCCUCCUCCGGUUGUGACUCCGACCCCAACUACGACCACAGCACUCCCGGCCCCAGCACUCCCGGCCCCAUUGUCCCCAGCCCCAGCCCCGUCACCGGCAGCCUCCCCAGCGAAUUUACAAACAUUCAGUGGCACUUUGGGAAAUGUUGGUGCACCCACAGUGUCUAAAUCCGGAGAUAAGUUCGAAGUGCAAGGCAACGUCUUCAACGCAGAGCGUGACGCACAAGCCAGAUCUUGCGAUAUCCAGAACAAUGAUUGCGCUGACGCCGCUAACAAAUCAGGAAACAAGAAUGGUUUCACUGUCAGUGCUUGUACCACACAGCUUCAUCAAUGCUAUUCAGCCAAUGGGAUAUAAUUUGCUUGUCCACGAUCAGCCGUCGAACCAACCUGCACGUCUCAUCUCGUUACCCAAUCCCUCCCAUGUUCUCCUCCUGGCUUUGCGGCCUGAAAGUUCAGUUGCAAAGCUGACGGCUUAGUCAAGCGCGGCCCUUGGCAUGAAUUAGGACUUACCGAAGACACUCAUCCAGCCUCCAACGUCCUUUAUCAUUUUCAUGCGACUGCGAAACCGAUGUGUCUCCUGGGGUGUAAGGUGCCCCAGGAAGAAUUCGGCGACUCAGAGCAUAGAUCAUCCCUGCAACGAACGCAUCCUGAGCUCCCACUUCAUCAAUCACGCCGUCGUCGGGAACCUCUGUCCCCGUCGAAUCAUUGUCGUCGUCGUCGUCGUCAUAGUCGUCGGAGCGCUCGUGAUUCCAAUUCUGUGAUGGCGAUCGAGAGUAAGAUCCCGACGAGACCCAAGCCUCCGUGUUGCCGUCGGAAUUGUAGUGUGUCGCAGUAAAUGCACUGGACGAUGGAGAUCGACUCUCCCCACCGGCCCAGAAAUCGCUCCCGCUUCGAACUGACAAGACUUCGUUGGUAGGUUCAGGCGAGGUGCCGUUGGCUGCCCGGUGACCAUGCGAGGCUGGUGGAGGUUUGGGACGCUCCUCAACCCAACCGGAGCUCUGGAAAUACUCCUGCGUCGGAAGGGAGAGAACGGCGGCUCCUUCGGAACCCCAAUGGGCAACAAGCAGUGCAUGCGGCGGGGCAAUGGAGGUCAAGGAUAGCAGAAAGGCACGUGGGCUGGCAGCGAAAUUGGGUGAAUUGGCUUGUGCGUAGUGCUUGUUGAGAAACAGCACGUCAACAUGCGGUAUUAGCUAGUGAAGAUGUCACUCGUCAGUAGCUAUCCAGGAUGCAAGGCUGUCAAGAAUUCACACCGCUUCGACUCCUUGCCUGCCUUUACUCCUCCCUACAUCAACACUGAAGACGCAGUGUCUGCGCCACUUGCGUUCUCUUGCAAGUCCGUCUAUUCCAGUGAUGUUGUGCAGCGUCGUCUUAACUGAACGGCCCUCGAAGUGAAGCCAGUCCAAUGGAGCGGGGCUCUGCGCAGAAGAGCCAGCAGACACGCUGGGCGAAGGAGCCACAGGUGAUCCAGGAGAGCCAACGAAAUAGUUCUCGGGGCAAAGGAGCGGGCCGAGACUGGAAACAAAUUCUUCGUGCGUGAUAUCUGGGAGAGGAUUAUGGUUUAUAACCGUUCGCGUGUUGGGGUCAGCUGGAGCGCGUAGGUGAGCGGGAGCCUGCAAGCGUACAUGCAGACGCACGAGAUUCCAGGACCCAUGCACUCGGGACACCGGCACCGUCGACGACUUUACAAUAACGAGUGCUAACCCCUUCACGCUCGAGUUCUCUUAUGAUUGCUUGGCCCUCGGUAUUACCUCCCAAGGGCGCGACUAGAAGCGCUUCAACUUUGGAGAAUUGAGCCAGCAAACACAGAAGCGUGCUGGCCGACCCUCCACGCGUCUUGCUAACUGAAUGGGCCCGCGCAACAGUCGAAGGAGCGGGGUAGACGGGUAGACCAAGUGUGUGGGUGAGGAAUAGCGUUCCAGACGCGACGAUACGCAAACCACGUCCGGAUGUAGACGAAAGACUAGUGUUUGACUGUUCUUUGCGUAGUUUCGCCAUGGACAUACCAGUGAGGACCUUGAAUUGCGGAUGUCACGAAACGAUGAUCGCCUCAGGUCACGCUCC